GUAGUCAGAGAAGAGUAGGAACAGUAGUCAAAGCUACGACUAAUUAAUAACUACUGUGUUUUCUGUUGUAUUCACAGGUGAGAAGGUACACUAGCGCCAUAUUCAUAUAUGUUCUUUUAAGUUUGACGAUUUAUUGUAGUUCGUGGUGCCGUGUUUUUCAUGUUCGGAGGGUCAUUUGGGUGAGAGGAUAAAAAGUGGCGCUAGCAUGAAGCUAGCGGCACGUAUUGUAUGCAGGCUGUGUGUCUACGUUGCAGUUAGCGGAGUUUGUAACUGCUGUGUAAUGUAACAUGGAUGUUUGGCGACUGAGAUUGGCUUACGUUUGUAGCUUUAAUAGACUGCAAGUUUAUUUUGUGUCAUGACAGCGUGAAGAGGAAGUUGGCCCUGACAGCAGUCGUCUGGAAGCGGAGGGGGCCGAGGGGAGCUCCAGGCUGGAUUGAAGAGAAGAGGCUGGGGCAACACAUACUGCCAAAGAAACAUGGACCCCAAGGAGCAGGUCCUCUUUCAUGUAUGGAUUUAAACAGUCCUGGAUACAGCAUUGGAGGAAGGGCCCUGGGUAUUCCUGUGAAAGUUGCUCACUGGCGAAUGAAGCCCAAAAAGUUCCACCUGCCAGCGUGAAGUUCAGGUCAAUCUGGUGUUGGGCCACAGAGUCCAACUAAGAGAGAAAGAAGCAUCAGAAGACUCAACCCACAACCUGACUGUUUUUGUCAGAGGGUCACAGACUGUGAACAUGAAGCACUUUGUAGAAAAAGUUGUCUUCCACCUGCCUAAGAGCUACCCCGAACCCAAGAGAGUGUGCAGGGAGCCUCCAUACGAAGUGGUGGUGAUGGGCUCUGCAGGCUUCCUCAUGCAUAUUGAGUUUUUCUUCCAGAACAAGGAGCAGCCAAAAAAGGUGUGUUUCAAGUACAACCUAAUCCUUGAGCCCGAAGGUGACCACCUGCGCAGUGAGACGCUCACGUUCAGCAACCCCGCAAAAGACUUCAGGAGAAAGCUGACCAAAGCUGGAGGGGUAAUAGUGGUUCCACAGGAGACUGAGGCUGCGUCAAGGUCCAGUCCAGACUCUUCAAUACCCCCAAGGAAGAAGAUCAAGACCUCUCAUGUGACAGAGGAACCCAGCAAAGAUGGAAGCGAUGGCAGCAUCCAAGCCGACACAGGAGCACUGUGAAUGGCCUGAAAAGACUCUGAGAGCAAAGCUACUCAAAAGCAGACAACAGAGGUGGAAGCAGCAAGAGCUACAACAUUUGUCAGUGAUCAUUUGCAAAUACAUUGUCAAGCCAUUCUCUACAUGUGACUGUUCUAUACUGAACUCCUGUCUGCUGAGGGGAUAAGUCAGUAUUGUUUGGGGGGGAACUACUAAUAAUAGUAGAACUAGAAUAUCUGAAGAAGCUUUGUAUGUGCCUACAGACUGCUGCUCCACAUUUGCCUAAAAAAAAUGUUUUUAGCUGCGAUCUGUUUGAUGGAUGAGAUGCAUCAUCCAUAAUUUGUUGCAGCAUAUUUGACUCACUUCAGACACAGUUUGUAGAGAAGCAGGGUGGCCAGAUGUAUAAUGCAGCCUGUCCUGGACUGACAAACCAGUUGUGUCUGCAGAUAUGCUGCUAUGAAGUCUUGAGAGACCCCCCAGCCCCCCCCCCCCAAAUUGUUUAUCAAAUGUAUUUAAUGUUUGCUCAGGUUUUUAUUACAUCUUCCAAUGCAGGAUACAAUGACUGAAGAAUUUUUGUUAUCAAGUGAAAGUGAUGUACUGUAAUAUCUACUGAACAUUCUUGAUUUUUUUUUCAUGAAUUGUAUUUGUUGGUAAGUUUUAAGUUUGUUCUUUUUCUAUAAUAAAACUCUAUGAUGUGU